AUGGGCAACGUGAGCAGCGUGCCCGAUGAGGGCGCAGCUCUCUAUCUGAAAGACCAAAAUCGAUGUCCGCAUUUCUUAUUGAAACUUACAAAUGACGAAGACCUCUCCAUCACAUUCAGCUUUGUUAUUCGCAGGCAACAGGCUCUACCAACUCCAGCUGGUGUCGAGGUAAAACCACCACCGGAUACCCAGAUCAACGGUCUGACAUUCGUCUUUGCGUCAAACGCCCGUGAAAUCGAGAAUCUCUUGACGAGAGAGUUUCAUGCAGACCCAAAUCUGCAUAAGAACGCCAAUGUUUCUCUUAUUGGUACAUACUCUACAGAAGGGCAUCCUUCAGUGACAUUCGAUUGGACAUGGAAAUGGAAGCCUCCAAAGCCAGCUGAAGACAGGGGUGGUGGAUGGCGGACAGCAUGCAGCAUUGUUGAGUAUGAUCAGCGCAAUCAUCGCUUCAUUACCCUUGCGAGCUUCACACUAUAUGUUGCCAAUACGGCUUCAUAUAUCAGCCAUCCAAAUUCCCCAACCCCUCCGCUCCUCACUGCCCCGCCAAAACUCCGUGCCGUCUCCGCACAAUCACUGGAAUCCCAUAUUGGCACCAUACCUGAGCAGGAUGAGUCCACUAUGCUGCCACCACCGAGUCGCGAUCUCCCAAGCAACCCUCCUCCCCCGCCGCCAGAGCCUAUCAAGAUCGACAUAUCUUGUCCUCGACCAGGCGACGAUCUGCUGUUUGAUGAUGGGCCGGUCUUCCGUGCAACAAUCAAGGCUCUUGAGCAAAAGACGGGUAACAUGAGGCAGCAGAUGAAGAGAAUGAUCAAAAAAGCCGAGCAAGUUUACGAGGCACAGCAGGAAGCCAACAAUGCCUUCGCUGCGUUCAUGGAAGGUCUCAGGGAGGUGUCAGCUACCAACCGGAAUGCCGUUCAGCCGGCCAUCGAGCAUUACUUCGACAAAAUCGCCCGCGAAAUCUUGCUGUAUGAGCGGCAAAAUACGGCCAAUAUCCAAAACUUCAUCAUCGACCCUGUCACAAAGCUCUACCAGAUGGACAUCAAGCAAGCCGAGGCCAAGAAGCGCGAUUUUGAGGAGGAGAGCAAGGAGUACUACGCCUAUGUCAGCCGUUACCUGGGCCAGCGCAGCGAUUCCGUCAAGGCGAAGCAGAGCGAUUCCAAGUACCAGACAAAGCGCAAGAACUUUGAGCUCAAGCGGUUCGACUAUUCGUCUUUCAUGCAAGACCUUUCUGGCGGCCGCAAGGAGCAGGAGAUUCUGUCGCAUCUAACCAAAUAUGCGGAUGCCCAGGCACGCCUGUUCCUCAGCACUGCCAAGAAAGUUGAUGCCCUCCUGCCUCAGCUUGAGGCUCUCUCUACCGAGGUCCAAGAGGCGGACAAGGAGUACCAGUAUCAGCGUCGCGAGCGCGAGGAGAAAAGGCGGCAGCUCGAAAAGGGCACCCUGUCCCUAAGCGACCUGGAGUUCCAUUCAGGAACAGGCUACGUGAAUGGCCAUCAUGGUGGGGAUCAUGAUCCUGGCCGUGCUGAUGGUACUGGGUUAGGACUGAAACAUUCGCGUUCUCUUAACGCAGGUAGCUCGGCCCAUGAUCCAUCUAGGUCGCCGGGAGAUAUUGGAAGUCCCCAGCAGAAUGCGAAGUUCAAGGGCAUCCGCGAUUUAGAGGAGCGCGACCCGAACCAAGCGGCACAUGCUGGCAAGGAUGCUCCUAAUAGGAAAGAGGGCCUCCUUUGGGCAUUGAACCGUCCUGGCGGCCAUGUCGACCCACGAAAUCUCAACAAGCAGGGCUGGCACAAAUUUUGGAUAGUCCUCGACCAAGGGAAACUCUCUGAGUAUAGCAACUGGAAGCAGCGCCUCGAUCUUCACAUGGAACCUAUCGACCUGCGCUUGGCCUCUGUCCGUGAGGCCAGAAAUGCCGAGCGCCGGUUCUGCUUCGAAGUCAUCACGCCGCAGUUCAAGCGUGUUUACCAGGCAACUUCCGAAGAAGACAUGAACAGUUGGAUCACCGCCAUCAAUAACGCGCUACAGAGUGCUGUUGAGGGUCGCGCGUACAAGGAGAAACCGGCGACGGCCCACGGCGACUCGCCCACCAAUGGCAAGGACUUCGGCGCUGUGCUGAUGGGGAAAAGCCCCUCUGUUGGCCAUGGGAGCCACGGUUCGAGCGGCCUGCCCUUUAGAAGGACGACUGUCGGUGCGCGGCCUAGCACGUCGCGUGGCGGCAGUUUCGAAGAGCGUCCUGACAAACUGCUUCAAAUGCUUCGUGAGGCCGAUCAGGGCAACACCUGGUGCGCCGACUGCGGGUCUAGCAACAAGGUCGAAUGGGUCUCGCUCAAUCUCGGCAUUAUCGUUUGCAUUGAAUGUAGCGGCAUCCACCGGUCCUUGGGCACCCACAUCAGCAAGAUCCGGUCGCUGACCUUGGACACGACCUCGUUCACGCCCGAUAUUGUCGAGCUGUUGCUCAUUGUAGGGAACAGGGUGUCCAACAUGGUGUUCGAAGCUAAGCUGGAACCAGCCGCGAAACUCGCACCCCACUCGACUCGGGAGCAGCGACUGAAGUUUAUCACAGCCAAGUACGUCGAUCGCGCCUGGGUUGAGCCUAUCUCUCCUACCCUUUCGAGGUUUGCUACUGCAGAAGAGACACUCCUUGCUGCCAUCAAGAAGAACGAAAUCCAGCAGAUCGUUUACGCCCUAGCUCUUAAGGCAAACCCUAACUGUACCGAUAAAGUUCGCGGCACCCACGCUGUCUACUUAGCCCUUGCUGCGGCUGACCCUGCUCCUCCUUCGCCACUGGUAGCACAACAACAAAACACCAGCCAGCCAACAACCAGCCAUCAUAGCGCCGCCGCCACUGUUACAGAUCGCACCGUCCCUUUCCCUGUGGCUGAACUCUUAAUCCAAAACGGGGCCGAGAUCCCUGAUGCUCCUCCUCCCGUCCCGCUUAGCAUUGCUGCACAGGCCUACCUCGAGAUGAAGCGUGGCCGCAAGGCUGCCAUCGAGGCGUCCGGUUCAUCAGCUCUUGCGGGAUACUAUGAGCCCACUUCGUCGAUUUCGUCGAUCGCUUCGACGGCUACUACCCAAACGACGGCGACAGCAACCGGAGAUAAGCACAAGGAGAGAGAGGCACGUCUUCAGAAGCGGGUCAGCGCAGGUGGAAAGCUGGCUAAGUCGCCCAUCCCGGAACGGUAG